UAAUUUUUAUUCCUUUUGAGGUUGAACACGCACAUAAUUUUAAGAAUUCCGGGUGUACAAAUUUCCUAAAAUAUUUUUUUUUUGGUUUUCAAGUGUAUAAUUUAGAGUAUAAUAUAAUAGAAACGAAUUCUCUAACAGUUUAUAUUUUAUAACCACCAAGUGAAAUUAUACCCGAAAAAAAAGUGAAAUGUUUCGUGCCGCGCGUCGUUUCCUUUCGAAAUCCUUGCAUUUGCGUCAACCAUUCCUGCGGCGUGGUUAUGCUUCGCAGGCAUUGAAUCAGAUGCUGACCAUUCAGCAAAUGGAAAUAUGUGCGGAUCCUCCGUCAAGAGGACUAGUAAUUGGAGUGUAUGCGGAUGAGGAGGAUAAAAAUGAUGCUGGAAUCCUGACGCCCACUGGAUGGCGUUACAAUGUACAGAAAACUCAAGGCCGUUUAUUGGAGGUGUUGCGGAUGUCUGGACCCAUGCCCAAGCGUGGAGAGACCCGUUUGCUGUUCGCUGUAGAACCCGAGCGUGUCCCAUACUAUUCGGCUGUGGCUGUGGUAGGACUGGGUAAGGAGUGCCUCGGAUAUAAUCCCUAUGAGGUGCUCGAUGAACAAAAGGAGGCGAUUCGUCGGUCCGUUGCCGAUGCAUGCAAGAUCCUGUCUGAGCUAGAUACGGACCGCAUCGAAGUGGAGAAUUGUGGUCAUGCGGAAUCGGCUGCAGAGGGUGCAGCCCUGGGCAUUUGGAUUUACCAGGAACUGAGGGACCCCAAGCGUAGGAUCUCGGUUCCAUCAAUUGAUUUGUAUGCCAGUAAAGAUGAAAUUUGUGAUAUUGAAGGAUGGCGCAUUGGACUGCAGAAGGCUGCUGCUCAGAAUCUAACCCGGCAGCUGCAGGAGAUGCCCUCCAAUCUGCUCACACCCACUGCUUUUGCCCAAAAUGUGGUGGAAGUGCUCUGUAAGUCUGGCGUGAACGUGGAGGUCAAGGUUGAAGGAUGGGCUGAGAGCCAAUCGAUGCACGCCUUUCUCGCUGUGGGCAAGGCCUCUUGCGAACCUCCCAUUUUCCUCGAGCUAAGCUACUAUGGCACCUGUGCCGAGGAGCGUCCCAUCGUUUUGGUCGGACAGGGAGUAACUUAUGAUGCAGGUGGUUUGUGCUUGAAGAAGAAGCACGAACUCUUCCAUAUGAGAGGUGACAUGACAGGAGCAGCUGUUGUUGUGGCCACCUGCCGUGCUGUUGCAGGACUGCGUUUACCCGUAAACAUUCGAGGUCUUAUUCCUCUUUGCGAGAACGUAAUUGGUUGUAACUCGUUCCGUCCUGGUGAUAUGGUCAAAUCAAUGAAUGGCAAGACAAUCGAGGUCCAAUGUACGGAUCACGAGGAUGUCUUGGUAUUGGCCGAUGCCCUGCUAUAUGGGCAGAAUUUCUGUCCCAAGUGCAUUAUUGACAUUGGCACUUGCUCCGGCUACAUGCGUCAAGCCUUGGAUGAGGCUGCAUGUGGCGUCUUUACCAACUCUGAAAUACUCUGGCAGCAGAUCAAGCAUGCCAGCAUGCACACUGGCGAUCGCGUCUGGCGUUUCCCAUUGUGGAACUACUACAGCAAGGCCGUGCGUGCUGGUGGACGCAGUGAUGUUCAGAACUACGGCAUUGGCCGUGGAGGUCGUCCCUGCAAGGCUGCUGCCUUCCUACGUGAAUUUGUGCCAUGUGGCCAAUGGAUGCAUAUCGAUGCAACCAAUGUGAUGGUGACUAAAGGCGAUGAGUUUGAGUAUCUGCGACAGGGCAUGGCUGGACGUCCUACACGCACGCUAAUCGAGUUUAUAGCUCAAACUAUUUGCAAGGACACAGCGCCUAAGGCGCAGAAGUAGAACAGUUGCUCUUCCUUUGACACUGUUUUACGCCACGUUGCCACAGAUACACACCACUUGAACAAGCCGUAUAUGUAGAGUCGUAUACAACCUGAGAUCGCGUCCUAUGUGUUAAUUAAUGUUUUUGUUGCUUAUCUGGAAGAUAAUCUGUUUAAAUUCAUUGUUUUAUUGAUGAAAAAUAUAAAAAUUAUACGUUAUAUAAAAAGGA